CAAAAAACGCAACCCCUCCCGUCUGUCUCGACCAAUAGCAUUUCCAGUGGGGAUGCACGCCCGCGCCACAUCACUCAGCGUUCGUCACCCGCCCGAUAAAUAGCACUUUGUUUCGAAAAAUCGUUCUUCUCAAUUAUUCCGAAUUACUGGGAGGCAGGAGAGGCAAUUUGUUUUUUCGUUUUCUGCAAUUGGUGUUAACUUUGUCAUAUAUUCAAGAUGACAACCCAGUUCCCAUCCCUCUCUCCGGAGCAGAAGAAGGAGCUCUCUGACAUUGCCCAGAGGAUUGUGGCUCCAGGGAAGGGCAUCCUAGCAGCAGACGAGUCCACAGGCACAAUGGGUAAGCGCCUGCAGAAGAUCAACGUGGAGAACAACGAGGAGAACCGUCGGACUUUCCGUGACCUCUUAUUCUCUGCGGUUGACCCCAACUGCAUUGGCGGAAUCAUCUUCUUCCACGAGACGCUGUACCAGAUGUCGGACAAGGGUGUCCUCUUCCCCCAGGUCAUCAAGGACAAGGGCAUCGUGGUCGGCAUUAAGGUGGACAAAGGCACAGCUGGUCUGAACGGAACCGAUGGAGAGACUACCACACAGGGUCUUGAUGGACUCUCUGAGCGUUGUGCUCAGUACAAGAAGGACGGUUGCGACUUCGCCAAAUGGAGGUGUGUGCUCAAGAUCUCCGACGCCUGCCCCUCGGCCCUCGCCAUCGCAGAGAAUGCCAAUGUCCUCGCCAGAUACGCCAGUAUCUGCCAACAGAACGGCCUGGUGCCCAUCGUGGAGCCAGAGAUUUUGCCUGACGGAGACCAUGACCUGCUGCGCACUCAGUAUGUAACUGAAAAGGUCCUGGCAGCCACGUACAAGGCUCUGAACGACCACCACGUCUACCUGGAGGGUACCCUGUUGAAGCCUAACAUGGUCACUGCUGGACACUCCUGCCCCAAGAAGUUCACCCCCCAGGAGGUUGGCAUGGCAACCGUCACCGCCUUGAGGCGCACCGUUCCUGCCGCCGUUCCCGGCAUCACCUUCCUGUCUGGAGGUCAGAGUGAAGAGGAGGCCACCCAAAACCUCAACGCCAUGAACCAGACGUCCCUCCACCGGCCUUGGAAGCUCUCCUUCUCCUACGGCCGUGCGCUCCAGGCCUCUGCCCUCGCCGCCUGGAAAGGCAAGGCCGCCAAUAAGCAGUCAGCACAGGACGCUUUCACCUCCAGAGCCAAGAGCAACGGUUUGGCCUCCAAGGGAAAGUACACAGCGGUCAGCAGCGAUGACCAGGCUUCCAUGCAGUCCCUGCACACAGCCAACUAUGUCUACUAACUAGAGAACACGGCAGACGCAAGGAGCACAACACAACCUUGAGAAAUUUGUCACCUGCACACAAAGCAGGAAAUUAUUGAGCUGGGUUGUCUGGUUUUACUGGUCCCUCCCUUCCAUGUUGACAUUCCCUAAUGACAGAUCCAGUUGUACAAGUUAUUCUCUGGAGUAAAUGAAAUAAACAGUGCAAAACAAA